CUCUGCACUUCCCUCGUCAUCAUUCACGCCCUGCGUACCUGCCUUCUCUCGCUCGUUUUCUUUUCCGGCUCUAUAAUUCAUCGACUCAGUAGAGAAGAGAGAGAUCGAGUAGGGAGAGAGAUGCCGGCGGGACAGGUGAACCGCAUGUCGGCGACGGCGGCGACGGUGCCGACGUACCCGCCGCCGGAGUCCGAGACGGAGGAGGCGUGGGUGUGGGGGCAGAUCAAGGCGGAGGCGUACCGCGACGCGGAGUCGGAGCCGGCGCUGGCGAGCUUCCUCUACGCGACGGUGCUGUCGCACCCGUCCCUCGCACGCUCCCUCGCCUUCCACCUCGCCAACAAGCUCUGCUCCUCCACCCUCCUCUCCACCCUGCUCUACGACCUCUUCCUCCAGUCCUUCUCCUCCUCUCCCACCCUCAUCUCCGCCGUCGUCGCCGACCUCCUCGCGGCCCGCCAUCGCGACCCCGCAUGCGCCAACUUCUCCCAUUGCCUACUAAACUACAAGGGCUUCCUCGCCAUCCAGGCCCACCGCGUGUCCCACCUCCUUUGGGGUCAAAACCGCCGCCCCCUCGCCCUCGCGCUCCAGUCCCGCAUCGCCGACGUCUUCGCCGUCGACAUCCACCCCGCCGCCCGCGUCGGCAAGGGCGUCCUCCUCGACCACGCCACCGGCGUCGUCGUCGGCGAGACCGCGGUCAUCGGCAACAACGUCUCCAUCCUCCACCACGUCACCCUCGGCGGCACCGGCAAGGCCGUCGGGGACCGCCACCCCAAGAUCGGCGACGGCGUCCUCAUCGGCGCCGGCGCCACCAUCCUCGGCAACAUCCGGAUCGGCGAGGGGGCCAAGAUCGGGGCCGGAUCCGUCGUGCUCAUCGACGUGCCCCCCAGGUCCACCGCCGUCGGGAGCCCUGCCCGGCUCAUCGGGGGCAAGGACAAGCACUCCACGCACGACGACCUGCCUAGCGAAUCGAUGGAUCACACAUCCUUCAUCCAGGAGUGGUCCGACUACAUCAUCUAACCUCCUAGGUUAGAUGAUGAUUGCGGAUGCUUCUGCCACAGGGUGAUGAAUAAAGCAUCCGGCUGGAUUCGAAUGGUCAUAAGUCGACUAGGUGAGCUUUUCUCGUAGGAAUAUGGUCAAACAUCUUAUCUGCUUUGAGAAACUGUGUGCGCGUUUUUGAUUGCA